AUGAUUAUCUGGGUACCCAUAUGGUUUACAAUUGUUAUUCUGGUGACGACCUUGAACAAGACGCUGUUCACUUCGUUAAAGUGCCCAUAUCCCCUUUCUAUCACUAUGAUCCACAUGCUUUCAUGUGCCGUAUACUCCACUCUAAUGAAGUACACCGCGCCCAACUUUUUCAAGUAUCGUCCACUGAAGGAGGGAGAACUGCGGAAUUUGAUCUUAGUUAGCGUCAUUUUCAUCGUUAACAUUGCCCUUUCAAACUCUUCACUCAAGUUUAACUCUCUUGCUUUGGAUCAAAUGUUCCGCUGUGCUAUGCCGGUUUUCACUUGUGUACUGGAGUUUAUCAUCUAUGGCAAAGUCCGUUCUCUUUUAGUCUACCUCUCUCUGAUCCCUGUAAUUCUUGGAACCAUGUUGGUGUGCCUUGGUGAUAUUCAGGGUACCAUUUUUGGAAUUGUUCUCCUGUUCAUCAGUUGUACCGUCUCUUCUCUGAAGGGAAUCAUCACCAAAUACCUUCUUUCGGGAGAAGAGCCGAUCAGCACAUUUCAGCUUCUGAACUACAACAGCAUGUUCGCUUUUUGUGAAAUCUUCCCCGUUACUCUCAUCAAUGACCGCACUUUUUACACAUCCUGGCUUCCAUCCGCCCCUGUGACCAGUCUCCUGAUCCUGGUAGUGCACGGCAUGCUGGCGUUCGCGUUGAAUAUCGCGAACUUUAAUGCGGUGAAGGAGGGCGGACCCUUGAUGAUGAACGUUGUGGGCAAUGUCAAGCAGGUCGUUAUGAUUCUGCUUUCUGUGUUCAUGUUUGGAAAUAAAAUCAAGCCGAUCGGCAUUUUUGGAAGUGUUGUCUGUAUUUUGGGAAGCAUGUGGUAUUCAUUCGGUGGGUCAGUGGAAAAUCGAAUAAUGGAUAGAAACUAUGAAGUCGAACAAGGUGGAGAGUGCUGUGAAGGAGGAAGAGAAGGCCAAGCUCCUUGA